AUGCUUUCAUUCGACAAAAUUAACAGGCUUUUGCCAACCGCUCAACAAUGGAGAUGGUACGGUAUUGGUGCCAUAUCUCUCAAGAUGUAUGGAAGUCGUACAGUAUGGCUUCUACAGGCACAAAUCAUUGGCGAAUUACAAGAUGAAGACGCGAUUGCAUUCAAAAAGAUGGCAUGCGAUGAAUGUACCAUGAUUGCCGUAGCUGCAGCAAUUGUAGCGCAAAUUGCUAUUACGGGACUAUCGCUGGACUCUUUGAACAAGACUCAUUGGACGGCAAAAUCUUGUUUUGUAAUGAGUCUGACCUUUGCCCUUGUAUCGGUAUACUAUUCCGUUACUCAGCAACGAAUUCUCGGUCGAUUGCUCAAAGCAAAAGACGUUCGUCACUGGAUACGAGGGAGGAAGCAGGCAGUCAAUCGAAUUCUUUCUAUGGAAGUUGGGUUCAAGCUUGAUCCUUGUGAGCCCGAUGAUUACUCACCGGAGGACUUGGAUAUUCGUGAUCUCAAGAGGGAUUUUGAGAGACAAUGUUUCCUCCCAAGCCCUCUAUCUGUCAUUACCCUUUCUGCUCCUCAGACAUUGCUUUCUGGUUCUCUUUGUCUACUUCUUAUCGGUCUGGGGAUAUAUCUAGGCAAAUUUUGGAUUCAUGAGUUAGAUCCUACUGAACAAGCUACCGAUUCGAGAAAUGUCUUCAUAUUAUACUUUAUCGGGCUAUACUUCUCUGGCUGUAUGUAUGUGGUUUUGGGAUGGUUUCAUGGCAUGGAUAAGCGUUCGGAGACAGAAAUUAUCGAUGGUUAUAUGAAUGCAUACUUAGCUAGUCACCCUGGUGUGUUGUCUCGAUGGGAUGUUGACCGUUAUUGGUGUUUUCAAAAUGGGACUCUGAAGCCGAUUUCUAGCACAGAAACCGAAGAAACUCCCACUGUCGUGCAGGAUGGGAUGGAGGGGAUGAAUAACGUCUAA